AUGAGUAUCCCUGAAUCGCCUUCGCCUCCGCUGGUUUUGGCGCCACCUGUUGUUGUUGUUGAUGAGCAGGCUGAUCCGGAAGUCGCCGCCGUGAGCGAGGUUGUUGUUGGCAGCGGGAGUACUGGAGCUGCAGGUUCUUCAAACCACGGUGGCGACGGUGGUUCCGGUGGAGGGCCAUUGAUGGAUAAGAGACUUGUGAGGUCGCCAUCGAUGCAAUUGGAGUUGCAGCUAGCUAGUUUUGUUUGGACGUUUAAUUUUGCAGCCAAUGUGCUUAUGAUUCCGUUUUGUUUGUUUUUGUAA